AUGGUUUCUCCAAGCAAUGUGGACACGCCUGGCGUCAAGCGCCGCAAGAGCAUCCUAGUUACAGAGGCACUCGACCUGAUAGAUCAGAACCAUGCUGGAGAUCUUGGCCAAGAUGAAGUUGAAACUCUUUUGGCAGCUAUGGGUUUGCAAGAAGAGGAUGCCAAGAAAGUCCUUUCGACGGUUUUCGAUGGGCUCCUGACCACCACGUACGAGUCGGUCACCGAUGCGAUUCUCACCUACACCUGCGUCACUGAGGGCACCCUUGAAACAAUGCUCGGGCGAGUCAUGCUCUUCAAAAGGGCAUUUCGCAAGAUUGACAUCGAUGGAAACUCAAAGCUGAGCUUUGCAGAGAUCGUCGCGAUGUUGGAGUCCCUGGACAUGGAGAAAAAGUAUGCUGCUGACGUCUUCUCCUUCUUGGACGCAGACGAUUCUGGUGAGAUCACCUGGCAGGAGUUCGUCCGUGGUGUCAGUCAUGAGCGGUUCUCGGUACUCUUUCCGCAAAUCACGCUGGAAGCUCUGGUGGACUUGCCCUCAAGUUUGGCGCAGGACAGGAUCGUCAGCGCCGAGGAAGAGGCGGAAGCUGUGAAGGGCCUCCCUGCUAUGGAGAAGACCCUUUAUUGGCUGAUCUCCUUGAUGUAUGGACCGUCUUCCCGCAGCCGCAUAGCGCCAGCAGAGGAUGAGGACGACAUGACCAACUGCGUGGCCAGGGGAAAUGCCUCCGAACCACUGCCAGGCCAGAGAGGCCUCAACUUCGUUUCUGAGAAUUCCGAGAACUCGAGCUCCUCGAGCUCCUCGAGCUCCAGCAGCGAUUCCGAGCUGACUGCGACAACGAGUGAGUCAUCACACGCGCUAGAGCAAGUGCUCAACGUAAACCAGCCGUGGCCGGAUUCCCCGUAUGCGGUCAAGUCACGCAAGGCGAGAGAGGUCAUAGUGAUUACCAGAACUCAGCCGAAGAACCCAGACAAGGCUGGAUGGUGA